CAGUACCAUCACUCAUCACAAGAUUUCUGAUGGUAUUCCAUUGAAACGACUAUUGUUAUGUUCAUCAUGUUGUAUUCCGAUGAAUUUUGAUCACUGGAUGCAGAUACCGCGGUAACUGACAGUCUGGCCACGCUUGGUUGACUGGGGCCUAGGCCCUUAGCCGCCACUUGCCACACUCUUUAGUUGGCAGUAGUACUUGCUACCUUCGUGAUAAUAAUAAUCUAGUUUUACUGGUUGUGAGACAGUCACAUACACUGUGCACUGUAGUCUUUGCCCAUGCGUCAUGCCGAGAGGGCAGCGGCACGCACACAGUGGAAGCGCUAGCCUACCCGACCACGUGAAGUUGGCAGACCGCCUUGGCAUUUUAAAAGAUCUAAAAGAUGAUACUGUGGGAAAGCUGAAAGCGCGGUGCUUCACUGAAGAGAAAUGUGCUUCUGCAGUGCGUAUUCUUGAGGAACUGUUGGUUGAGGUGAAAGAUGGUGCUGAGUUGGAGGAUGUGAUGCUAUCGUUCAAAGCCAAGAUCAUCGCAGCAGAUGCAUGCAAUGAGAUGAACAAGAUGAACUGCUUUGAUCUGCUGAAGGAACUAGACACAACACUGGUGAAGCACUUUGAGCUGUACCGCUACUUUCUGACGUGCAGACGUGAGAUAAAACUGGAGGUUGCCAGCUGUGCAGUGGUGCGACCAUUACAAUCACCUGAACUUACCCGCAAGGCCACUCAGCAGCGCACCCUUGACGCCAUUGCAGUCAUAGAGGAGGACUUCCAAAGGAAGAAAAUGGAUGUGAUUGAGGAAACUGCCAAGGAAAGGGAUCAAGCCCUCGCCAGAGCGCUGCUCACUGAUGACCGCGGCUCCACGCCAAUGACGCAACCACUGGGGCGCAAGGAUGAGAGUGAGCUGGCGGCGAUGACGCUGAAGCCAGAUCGCGCGUUUGGCCAGAAUCCUGAGAAGACGGAUGCCGGUAUGCGCCAGUCCAUUGCAGUCAGUGAGAUUGUGCAGGACAUUGUCGAGAACACGGUCAAUGUCCACUGCGACCUGACAGGCGCCCAGGUGAAAGAGCUGGUGUCCCUGGCGAUUUUAGAAGCUGAGAAGGACGUCGAGGUGGCUAUCGUAACUCCACGGGAGUGAGCUUAGUAAACUGCUGGAGCAAAUUGAAACAACCUACAAGUACUUGGACUGGAACUGACUUAUUGGUCUUGAGUAGAAUAUCAUAGUCACCCUGAUUUACUCGUAUGAUGUGAGCACAUUUUAGCACAUUUCCCACGUUGCUCUCCCGUCUUCGAGUGAUCCGUGUGCACUAGUUUGAAAAGUAAGAGUCUCGCUCGCAAUGAAGUAUAAUCAGGUGGGAAGCGCACACCUCUGCUGUGUGAUAGCACUAUAUACCUCAAACAUGUUCCAGUACUAGGCAGACGCCGUCUUGAGUAUUAUAAUAAACUGCAGCACUGGGUAUUAUUCACCCAAACCAUGAGUAAAACCACAUUUUGAAAUUUCUAUAUUAAUUUUGCUAUGAUCAUUCCCGUAAAUCAACUAGGUUUUUAAUGUCCGGUUUGUGAGCUGCAAACUUUUGUACUUGAUAAUUAAUUAUCUCCCUGGAUAACACCUGGAUGUAACCAGUCGUGUCCAGCAAAACCGUACAAACAUUGCAGCCAUAUGUCAUGGUUUAUGCUUGUGGCAUUGUGUGUAGGGACUUCACAUCUAAUGUCCUACAUUGCCGUAGGUAUCUUUAAUUCCCGUAGCUAUGCAAAGGACGCCAGAGUCCACACCGCUCUCUCUCUCUCCCUCUCUCUCUCUCUCUCUCUCUCUCUCUCUCUCUCUCCCUCUCUCUCUCUCUCUCUCUCUCUCUCUCCCUCUCUCUCUCCCUCUCUCUCUCUCUCUAUCUCUCUCUCUCUCUCUCUCUCUCUCUCUCUCUCUCUCUCUCUCUCUCUCUCUCUCUCUCUCUCUCUGUAGCUCUCUCCUGUAUGAAAUUCACUUCCAUAGAAUUGGGCACCAUUGCCCGUUUAGCCUUGCAAAGUAAAAUAAAAAUCAACAACAGCAAGUGCUGUACUCCUUGAAUCCUGUACCUGUACAGACAGAAGUGUGCUACUGAUUAAUUUUAGCAUGAUUACUGAAUCCGCUAGUCUUUCUUCAGAUUCUUGGCAUUAAAUUUUUUUGGUAUUGAGAUAUUGUGUCAUUAUGUAAGCACA